AUGAGAAAGCUAAGAGUAGGUGGUUUUUUGGUGUUUGGUGCGAUUGAUGCAUGGCGAUGCGCGAACAUGUUCUCUCUUCCGCAGAACGGGGAGGUACAUAUAUGUAACUCAACCAACUACAUGCUAGCUAACUCAUUGGAAUGUUUGCUAGCCAACGGUCCCCAUACAGCGCUCUUUCUUUUUCUUUCUUUCUUCUACUUUUUUCUCUUCUUCUUUCAAUUCAAUUGGAUCCAUGUAUGA